CCCGCGGUCAGGGUGUUUCUCGGCUGUUGCACCUCCGGACAAGCUGACUGGGGCUACCCAUGUCCUCGACAGAAGAGCUGGGCGCACAGUCGGACGACCACCCGGUCCUCCCCAGGAUGGACUCCUCCGGCUCCGAGGACAAUCAGUUUUCACCCGGAGCGCGAAUUCACUCCAAGUCGUCCAGCUACGACGUGCUGUCUGUCCUGGGUCGCGGAGCCUACGGGAACGUGGUUAAAUGUCGGAAGACCACCGACAACAAGACAGUGGCGGUCAAGACCAUCAAGAACCACGGAACAUCGGCCAAACGGGCCAUAUAUGAGAUUCUGGCCCUGUUAAAAAUCAAAAAGAUGGACGCUGACAAAUGCCACCUGGUGCAAUGGUACAGCAUCUUCAGCAUCUCUGGACAUGUUUGCAUUGAGUUUGAGCUGCUGGACAAAAGUCUGUAUGACUUUGUAAAAGAGCGAAAUUUCCGGCCUCUCCAGCUGAAGGAGAUCAGGCCCAUUGUCCAUCAGCUGGCGGACAUGCUGGACCACUUGAAGGUCUGUCAGAUUAUACAUGCAGACCUCAAGCUAGAGAACGUGAUGCUGGUUAACCAGUUGCAGCAGCCCUACAAGAUUAAAGUGAUCGACUUCGGCCUGGCCGCUCAGGUGUCCACUGCCAAACAGGGCUCGCUUAUUCAGACACUCCCCUAUCGGUCUCCAGAAAUCCUGUUGGGUGCACCAUUCACAGAAGCCAUAGACAUCUGGUCUGUGGGGUGCAUUGCUGCUUUUUUAUACACAGGCGCUCUGCUGUACCCUGGAAAAAGUGAAUACGACAUGGUCAGGUACAUUGUGGAAACUCAAGGCCAACCUCCGGAUAAUGUUCUCGAAGCUGGACUGCAGACCAGCUGCUUCUUCCAGAUGGAGCACAACUUCAGCUGGAAGCUCAAGACACCAGAACAGUAUCAGAAAGAGACAACCUCGGCAUCCAAAGAGACCAGACGCUUUAAAUUCCGCUCUCUUGAUCGCCUUCUUCAUUUCCAGCCGGGGAUCUUGAACACCAGGCACAUCGCUAACAAAGCCGCCAAGACGGCCGACGUGCAGAAGUUCGUGGAGCUACUGAAAGGAAUGUUGCAGCUUGAUGCCGCCCAGCGGUUGACGCCUCGCCAGGUGCUGGAGUACGACUUCAGCAGCAUGUGCCAUCUGGAGCCCCUUCAUGACACCAGCUCACACGUGCAGUCGUGCUUUCACAUCAUGUCCGUGUGCUCCAACAAGGCCAUGUUACAAUCUCUUGGCGGGACUGGAUUCGACCCAUCCGAACUAAACGAGACGCACGAUGACGAGCCGUGCUGCGGCAGCCCUGCGUCACCUGAAGUGUACGAAAUCAUGGCCCACGACGAGCGGUCAGACCCAAGUUGACACAAGGAUAAACAGGAGAUGAUCGCUUGAUGAGAAGGGACGUGCUUUCGCUUCAUCCCUCUACAUUAGUUACAAUUACAAACUCACCCAUGGAUAGUGGUGGAGCCUUCGUAACCUGUACAAUGUAUUCAACAGGUAACACCCAACAAAUCUUAAGAUUAAGUUUCACAAAAAUGCUCCCAUUGUUUGGAUAAUGUGUUGGAUGUUGCUUAUGUACCAAACAAUGUUCUGUCUGAAUAAGGGCUGCAUGAUACUGAAGAAAAAAAAAUUCACAUUGCAAUUUUUUUUAACGCUGCAAUAUAUAUUGCGAUGUGAAAAAAUAUAGGACAACAUACUCGUGACGUGAAAACUAGCACACAUUUCUUUUAUUACCCUGUCUGUAUUUUUUGGACAGUUUAUAAUAGCUUUGGUAGAAAAAAAAUUGCUUAUUCACUAGAGCACAUAAGUAUACUGAAGUCUACCUGUAUUUAAAUAUACUGCAGUACAGUGGUCCCACCCGAAGAGUGAAAAUGCAUGAAUAAUUGAAGGUCAUGACAAUUGCCAUGAUUUUGUCUUUCGAAAAAAGCAUGGAUAAACAGGAAAAUGCCGCCAAUAAGCGGUUUCUGCGAAAAAUGGGGGCAGGUCCCCCGCCCACAAAAAAUUUGAUGAAAAAAAAAAAAUCUCGCAAAAAUCCGCAAAUAGAUGAGUCUGCGUACGCCGAACUGCAAAUACGCUGGGGUCUACUGUAUUGAGCAGGGAACGUUAAAAUUUGUUUUCAUGCCCAGUUAUUCUGUAGUACAUAUAUCCAUUCCAAAUUUUUUUGGAUGAAUUGUUUUUACACGUUUUAACAUAAUAUGCAUCAGUAUUUCUAUAUUUGAGUCCCAUUAGUUUAAGCAACAGUCUUGUGUACACCUUAAGUUUGUCCCCAGUGUAGCCGUAGCCCCCUCCCCUGAAGUGAUAUCUGUUGUGACGUGCAUUCGUUGCAUUCAGAAGAGCGAUACAUUAAAUGCAGGCGUGCAAUUGUUUUCCCUUGUCCUCGUUAUUGGUUAUCGUACUAUAUAACUUGUACAGCAUCCAGUACAACACU